AUGUUACAAAAUAACGCUCAGUUAAGUUUUCUAGGUUUCCAGAUCAAUGCAGCCAGUAAAGAUUGUUUCCGCGCAGCUCGUUCGGCCAUCACACCCAUCACGCGUCACCACCAAAAGAAGCGAAUACUCUUCUACAAAUCUUUCGAGGAGGAGCAAGAAGAUCUCGCUGUGGCGCUCCAGCAAAGCCUGGCCGAGGUAUUGCUACCAUUCUACCCAUUAGCGGGACGAUUGAGAAGCGGGAAUGGAGUUUCAGAGCCGGCAUUGGAGCUGGAUUGCACAGAUUUGGGCGUGAGAUUCACCCAAGCCGUGACGAGCUCGCGUCUCAGCGAGCUGGGGGAUUUCCAGCCUUGCGAAUUUUGUGAAUCCCUCUGUGCCGUGGAGUGUUCCCCAGAGUUUCCAUGGACACCAGAUACUCCACUUCUUUUUCUCCAGGCAAGGUUUUCUUUGGAGUUCUUUAGAUUCUUUGCUGAUAUAUAUUUCUUCUUUCCACUCUACCUAGGUGACUAA